UCUACACAUUGCAACCGAAAUACAUAAAAAAAAAAAACAAGAAAAUAUAAAUAUUUCUACUUCAAUCUUUGUUCGGAUUUUCGUUGUCGUUUGCCGCAGAUGCGUUUUCAUUUCACUUCCGCCUGGCGAAUUUCGACGGAACACUUGAAUGUCGCAGUGCAAAAUGCAGUAGAAUGCUGACCGAGCAGCAGGAGCUCCGUAGUCGUAGUUUGUCAAGCCAAGCCGGAGGGCCCCACAGCCGGAAAAUUAUUCCGGGGCGGGCGGCAGGCCACACGGCGUAUGCGUAACGAGAGAACGAAACGGAAAGUGAUGCGUAAUUUGCGGGCCCAGCCAACUAAAAUUAAAAUAAAACUCAAAAUACAAAAUAUCGGUAAUUAGUGCAAGGCAAAAUAUCUAAAGACCGCCAUCAAUUAGCAGCUAUAUAAUAAUUAAAAGCCCAGCCAAAAAGAAAAACGGGUAUUCUUCUAAAUAGAAAAACAAAAUGGAAAGCAAUGUAAGGGAAAAGCCAGUAAAUGCAAAACGAGAGUACAAAUCGCAGCAAUCGGCGGCCAAAUGAAGAAGAAUAAUUCAAAUCAAGUAAAACUUCAACCACAAACAACUAGCAGAAUAAGCAGCAACCACUGAACCCCCACAUAUAUAUAUAUAUAUAUAUACAACCAGCACAUAUAUAUACACAGUGUUAGCUGAGCAACAAUCCUAGCUAUAGUCGCCAUGCAUGGACAUCACAACCACAACCAUCUGCCGCAGCAGCAGCAGGCACAAAACCAGCAGGAGCAGCAGACGGCGGCCAUCAUGAAGGCAGCCAACCAGCCGCACCAGUCCCACCAUCCCGCCCACAGCCAUCCGCUCAACCAUCCACAUCCACAUCCGCACCAUCAGCAUGCCCCACAUCAGCCACAUCCGCAUCCACAUCCGCAUCCGCAUCACAAGCUGUCGGCGAGAAGGGCGCGCAGUCGGAGUCGAAGUCGCAGUCCGACGCCGGAUGGCAAUCAGGACUACGAUGUGACCAGGAUGCGGGAGGAGGACUUCGAGCGGCUGGCCGUUUACCUGGUGCCGGAUGUGCAGGCGGAGCGGGGACUGCCCAAUCGGGCGGACAAGACGCUGCCACGCAGCCUGACGCUCAAGUCGUCCAUGGUCUACUCAACGCCAAAUGUUAAGACUGAAGGAGUUUGGAGCAGCGGGGUCAUCCCACGUGGCACUCGCUUUGGCCCAUUCGAAGGCAUUCCAACCUCUAAUUAUCCCAAUGAUAAGAAUAAGGCGCGCUAUUUCUGGCGGGUGCAGGGAACACGCCACAUAACCUACGGGAAUAUUAAGAUCUUCAAGGACGAUGACUACUAUUACUUGGAUGGUUCAGAUCGCUCGCAGUCCAAUUGGAUGCGUUAUGUGGCCUCCGCUUAUAGUUUGUCCGUGAUGAAUCUGGUGGCGUGCCAGCACCAGGAGAACAUCUAUUUCUACACCACCCGCGACAUUCUGCCCAACGAGGAGCUGAUGGUGUGGUACUGCAAGGACUUCGCCAGUCGCCUGGGCUACGAUGUGGAUCCCGAGACGACGAUCUUCGGUGCCUGCAAGCAGGCGGUGGAUGCGGAGGAGGAGGCGGACGAGGAGGAGGAGGAGGCGGAGGGUGAGGAUGGCAAGCCGCGAUACUCGAUGCCAGCUCCGGAAAUUCCACCCGAUGUGGCCGUUAGUCACAUCACCUACGUCAUGGGUCUCCAUCUGCCUGUGGGAGCGGGAAGUGGUGCGGCAAAUGGAUCGGUUGCGGGUUCCGUUUCCGGUGCCACGCCUCCGCCCCCAACUGCCACGCCCUGCUGCCGCCGCUCCAGUCCACCCGCCCACGUCAGCACCACCAGCUCCACCUGCAACUCCCACCACCCGCACAUCCAGCAUGGUCGCCAUGCCUCCGUGAUCAUCGGCCAGGAUCGCUCGCCAUUGGCCAGCAGCGACAAGGAUACGGCGGGCUCACCUCUGUCCGGUCUGGACCAUCAGAUGACCCCGCAGGAUGGCAGCGUGCGGUCUGUGAGAUCGGACGAGGGCUACCACAGCAACGAGUGCCACGAGGAUGGACUCACACCACCCGAGGAUUCCAGCGACAGCGAGAGUGAGCAUAACUAUGUGCUGGACUGCUCCAAGAAGGCAAUUGCGCCCAAGGAGACAGUGAUUGCCCAGGCCCAAAAGCCCAGCAGUUCGCCACCGGCCGUGGUUAUGGCUAACACCACUACCAACUCGCUGAAUAGCCACAAUUCGCCGACUGCGACGCCCAUUUGCGAGACGGACAAGAAUGAGUACAGAAAGUUCAAGGUGAAGAUGCCGCUGAAGUACGAGUUCAAGAACAAGAGCUGCGUGAAACAGGAGCCCAGUCUUAAGGAAGUGGACCAGGAGAUGUCCAUGCCGCAGGAGGAGGAAGAGGAUCAGGUGAUGCAUCCGGAACCCGAUUCCAUAUGCCCAUCGACCACCACCCAUCUGGGCGAUGAGCACAUGCUGAUGAUGGAACGGGAACGCGAAAGGGAGCGCGAAAGGAUUCAGGAAAGGGAACCAUCCAACCAGCAGCCCGCCUCCUCCACGGUCAUCGUGCUGGAGCACAACUCCGGCGGUCAAGCCCGCACCAUUGUCCCACUGAGUAAACCCUACUACGAACCAGAUCCACCAGGCGAACGCUACAUGCGAUUUGGCCAGCCCUCGUCCAGCAUCCUGGAGACCAUCCUCACCAGCCAACAUCGCUUGGAGGCGGCCGCAGCUGCGGCAAAUGCCUGUCGCCAGGCCAAUGCCGCUACACCACCGCCCACUUCGCCCACGGAGAUGGCCUACAGCUACAAGAAGUCGCAGCGCUACGGCAAUGCCGUGAGUCCGGACAGCAGUUCCAAUCUGGGACAGAAUGCCGAGCAGCUCUCCUCGUCGGCAGUGGUGGUCGGUGAACAGGAGAUGACCAGGGCCACGUUGAUCAAGGGCGAGUGCUCACCACCACCGCCCAGCCAUCAUCAUCACAAUGUGAUCUUCUCGCCCUCGAGACAUGCUGCUUAUCUGGGUGCCGGCGAGGCGGGUGGACACUCGCCGAGUCCCGGUUAUCCCGGCUAUCCGCACUAUGGAGCUGCAGCCACCUCGACGUUUCAUUCACCGCCGCACAGUUCCCAUUCCCCGUUCGAUCGCCAGUCGAAUGCGUCCAGUGGUGCCGGUUCGGCCACCAAUUUGCAUUUAUUGCAAACCAGCACCCAGAUGCUAAACCAUCCGCUGAUGCAGCCCCUCACUCCACUGCAGCGUUUGUCACCGCUGCGGAUUUCCCCACCCAGCAGCCUGAGUCCCGAUGGCAACUCGUGUCCGCGCAGUGGCAGCCCUUUGAGUCCCAAUUCCUUGGCCUCCCGUGGCUACCGAUCGUUGCCCUAUCCGCUCAAGAAGAAGGAUGGCAAGAUGCACUACGAGUGCAAUGUGUGCUGCAAGACUUUUGGCCAGUUGAGCAACCUGAAGGUGCAUUUGAGAACGCAUUCGGGCGAAAGGCCCUUCAAGUGCAAUGUGUGCACGAAGAGCUUCACCCAGUUGGCGCACCUGCAGAAGCAUCAUCUGGUGCACACGGGCGAGAAACCGCAUCAGUGCGACAUCUGCAAGAAGCGUUUCUCGAGCACCUCCAAUCUGAAGACCCAUCUGAGGCUGCACAGUGGUCAGAAACCAUAUGCCUGUGAUCUCUGCCCGCAGAAGUUCACACAGUUUGUGCAUUUGAAGCUGCACAAGAGACUGCACACGAAUGACAGGCCGUAUGUGUGCCAGGGUUGCGACAAGAAGUACAUCAGUGCAUCUGGAUUGAGGACCCACUGGAAGACCACCAGCUGCAAGCCCAACAAUCUGGAGGAGGAGCUGGCCAUGGCAGCAGCAGCUACAUCGGAGUGUUUGGAUAAAGACCAUCCCGAACCGGACUCACGAGAAGCCUACGAGCAACUAACGCAGCACAUGCAUCCGGCGGUGCAUCCGGGAUUGAGGCACCUGUCGAGUGGAGGGCAAUCACCACCACGCUUGAUACCCCUGGGUAAUCACAUGGCGCCACAACAGCAGUCGCAUCAGCAGCAGCAACAGCAUCAGCAGCAGGGCGUGCCACCGCCCCACUUGCUGAUGACGCAACAUUCAGUGGGUCCGGCGCCCAUGCUGCUGACCACCGCCAGCCAGUUGCCACCACCGCCGCCACAUCAUCAGCAGAACUCGCCCAGCCGCCUGCUGCAACAUGCCCACCCACAUCCGUUGCAACAGAUGCAACAACAGCAGCAGCAGCAGCAGCAGCACUCGCCCAAGGGACUCAAAUCCCUGCCAGAAUCGGGGGUGUAUCUGCAUGGGCAGCAUGUGCAGGCGCAGGAGAGCAGACCAUCGGUCAUUGAGUCCUCCAACCAGCCCAUGAUCAUCGAGUGCACGUAGAAGGUACAUGAUACAUGGAGCAGCUGCAGACCAGACCAGGAAGUGAUGGAAUCCAAGUGCAAUAAAAUUAGUUAGAGUUAAGCGACAGACAGGCAGACAGACAGACGUUAUCCCUUUCGAAACAAAAAGGAUAACAACAAAAAUAAC